AUGAAGUUCUUCGCUCUCGCCACUCUCGCCAUCGGUGCUCUGUCUGCUCUGGCUGCGCCAGUUGCUCAGAUCGAUACUCGCCAACUUCGCUGUGACGACGUUUACGUCUUCUUUGCCCGUGGAACUACAGAGAUUGGCACUCUCGGUACCGUCAUUGGUCCUAGACUCAGGACUGCCGUCAGCAGGGCAGUUCGAGGUUCCGUCACCUUCGAAGGCAUUGACUACCCAGCUGUCGUCGCGGGGUUCCUCGCCGGUGGCGAUCGUGGUGGGGCGCGAACUAUGGCCCAGAAGGUCUCCAGCAUUGCUGCGCAAUGUCCCGAUGCUAAGAUCUUCAUUAGCGGAUACUCUCAAGGUGCCCAAGUCACUCACCUCGCUGCCCGUCAGCUGUCGGCAGCUGACCAGGCUAGGGUCACUGGCGUAAUUACCUUUGGCGAUCCCAACCGAGAUAGAGCUCUUCCAGGUGGUCUCGAGAACCGCAGGAAGACGUUUUGCAACGCCGGGGAUCUCAUCUGCGCUGGUAGAUCCACUAUCCUCCUCCCCCACUUGACCUAUGGAUCGGAUGCAACGGAAGCCGCCAGCUUUAUUGCAGGGCGCGUUUAG